GUUUCAUCUCUUAACGCAGCAAUUCUAGGUAAUUUGUUGAAACUGCUUCAUUUAGCGAAAGCACAAAGCAGAAAUGGUCUGAUUAACUUUACUUGACAUCUUUAACAAGUUGGUGAGAAAAGCCUUGUUUCAAAUACAAGAUUCGCGAAAUGGAUGACACAAUUGAAAAUGAUGACGUCAUAGUGGACGAUUGCGACGCAACGAUGCAAGGUCCCAGUGGAGCAAAAACAACUGGGGUACCCGGCACAUUUCGUAAGUUUCGCACUAACUCUUACCACAGAGCUAUUUCGACGCCGCCGAAACUACAACGUUCGGAUCUUUCGUCGGUUUCUGAAAGUCCCACAGCGCAGAGUCCAAAAAGGUUUUCCCUGGACACUCAACUGCAAUCUUGCAAUAUAAGUGAUUCAGGAUCUCACAAUAACCGACCACGAGACCUACUUUACCAAGAGGUCAAGGAAAAGGGAAUAUUUAGUGACGUAGUAGAAAACGAUGAUGACAUAACAAACGAAUUAGAGGGAAAAUCUUUAUUGCGAAGAAACCGAUCAGACAAGCAAAGAAAAUCUUUCCGCCGCAGCUGGGGAGCUCAGUCUAAGGUUCAACAAAGCUUGAUACUGGAGACUAUGAACCCAAAGGAGCGAAAACGGCAGGAGGCAAUGUUCGAGCUAAUGACUUCGGAAUCUUCAUAUCUACGUAGUUUAAACGUGUUGGUUGACUGUUAUAAAUCAUCACCCGAACUACGUGCGACAGUCACCAGUACAGAGUAUCAUCAUUUGUUCAGUAAUAUAGAUGCGGUUCGAAAAGCAUGUUGGAGGUUCCACCACGCUUUAUCUAAAAGACGGAAGUCGUCAUCAGUUGUUAUUAACGACGUUUGCGACAUCGUGCUCGAGUUCGUAAAGGCUGGCACAUUCGCUCCUUAUGUGACGUAUUGCUCCAAUGAAAUUUAUCAACAACGUGUUCUAUUAAGACUUAUGAAGGAAAAUCAAGAAUUUGUUCGUGUUCUUCGACGUCUUGAAAAGAACGAACAAUGUGCAGGACUUCCUUUGCAUUCAUUCCUUCUUCUUCCAAUGCAGAGGAUAACACGAAUCCCGCUCCUUAUUGACACAAUAAGACAACGUUGCGAAGUCAGUAGUCCUGAUUAUUCAAUCGCGUCCGAAGCCCUGAAAGAAACAACCAGUUUAGUAAAGACUUGCAAUGAACAAGCAAGGUCGUUGGAACGAACUGAAGAAAUGAUUCAACUGCAAACUCAACUAGAGUUUAAAUGUUCCAGAUCAUUCGCUUUAGUAUCCGCAUCGAGGUACGUUGUAAAGAGAGGCCCUCUUCUUAAAGUUUCGGAAGAUGUCGUCUUUGGCUUCCGUAGGUUGACGAAACAAGAGAUCUAUCUUUUUUUGUUUAAUGACGUCAUUCUAGUGACGAAACGAAAAAAUGACGAGAGCUAUUCAGUUACUGAUUACUGCUACAAGGAAAGAUUAAAGAGUCGUGACGUCAUAAACGACCCAUUUUCUUUCGUCAUAAUCAUGGAGAGAACGCAGGACGGCCAGCGUAUAGAGCUAAAACUAGAGGCCGAUAAACCGAAUGGAAAAUCCCGCUGGAUGGCAGCGCUGAGUCGAAAUAAAUCUUUUGGACAACCCAUCAGUAAAGAAGCUAUGCAAGUUUUAAUUAUUAAGUCAGUUAGAGCUGAAGAACCGGAUAUGAUAUCAUUAAAGAACAUGGACGUGUGCGUGGUGCUAUAUACAACUUCUGACGGUUGGAUCUACGGCGAACGAAUGUCCGAUGGUUGCCGCGGAUGGUUUUCUUCGGGUGGCGCAAAAGAAAUCCUAAACAGCAAAGUUCGAGAACAAAACUUAUACCGGCGUGCCAGACUCCUUGGUCAACCGACGGUUGUUUAAUUUCACGAAUAAUAACAGAAUGAAUGAAUAAAUGAAAGUAAGUUAUUCACCCUCGCGUGAAGGGGAAACGACAGUCGUUUAAACACGGGCGUUGAGUUACCAUAUGUAUGUAACUUAUUUAUCCUUCCGUGGCGGGGCAACGACAGUCGUUAGAUAUAAAACGAGUGUUCUGUUUCAUACACCUUGUGCCAGCUUACGAGUUACUACGUAUGUAACUUUGUAUGUAUUUUUUAGGAGAUUUUUUUUUACUUUUUGUUUUAUGUAUGACUGGCGAUUUGGAUAAUGCAUUAGUGAACACCGAGUUAGUAUUUAAAAUUAUAGUUUAUUUAACACAUGGAUACAGACUUGGUUAUGUAAUAAAUUCAGUGCACCUUACAAA